UUGAAGCCGCUGGCGAUCACACAAGUGUGAAAGUACCAGCCCCAACUGUUGCCCGGACCAACCCAUUCAGCAUCCAGAUCCCACACAGUCCGACAGAGAGCAGAGAGAGUGCGCACGGAGCGCAAAGGGGAAAGUCGCGCUUUUACAGCGUGGAUUGUUUUUAAUGAUUCGUUUGGACAUUUCUCUGCACGUUUCCUCUUUUUCAUAUUUUUUGGAGUUUUUGCUGGAUCGUUCUCGGCCCAUAAUCGGCAGUCCUUAUUAUGACUUCCUCGCACCUGUCUCUACUGACGCUGAUCUGCGUCCUGGCCUCUGCAUCGUUUACCGGAGACACCGGCUUCCUCCAGCUCUCAAGUGACUUUGAUGAGGAUAUGCUCUCCCGGCAUAUGCAUAGGUUGUACGAGAAAUAUAACAGAGAGAAGCGCCUGAAAGAAGGAAACACUAUCAGGAGUUUCAGAGCCAUCCAAGACUCUGCUGACCACAGGAUUGUGUACAGACUUAACCUAACAACCCUUCAGGAAUCAGAGGCCAUCCUCUCUGCAACAUUCCACUUCCUGCUAGAUAAGCACACACUUACAAGACCCUGGUUCUGUAAACGCUUCAAGAGCCCAUCAUGCCACUCCGCAUUCACACAACCUUCUCCGUCCAUCAGCUUGCUGUUUCGCUCCCUCUCUUCUGGGUCGGAGGUUAGAUCUGAGCCGGUGGAGUCAUCUAUAGGUAACGUGACCUUUUACCCCCACAGGAAAGGGGUUUGGCAGAUAAAAGAUGUGACCAAGAUAAUAAAGGAAGCUCAAGAUAGGAGUCAGUUUUUGCUGUCGCUGGAACUGGAAUUUGGACAACAGCCCCAUAAAAAACAAGGGGAUGUUUUCUCUGCUGUCAGCAUGCCCUACCUGUUACUGUAUGCCAAUGACCAAGCCUUAGCAGAGCCAAACAGUGUUGCUGUUAGCCUUCAGAGAUAUGACCCAAUAAGUGAAGGAGCAGAAGUCCUGCACAGGUCUAACUCCUCACCAAGACUGAAGGGACGAAUAAGAAGACAAACAAAUCCACUUCCUGACACCAUUCAGAACAACGAGUUGCCCGACGUCAACUACAGACCCAGUGAAUACAGAAAAGAGGACCUGUGGGAGAUCAACCGGCACCUUGCACUCAAACCGAAGUUUAAAGCAGAGAGGAAAGAAAAGAUGGGGAAGAGUCAAGACAGGACCAGAGAAGAGCGAGACAAAGCUGAACAUCAGACCCUCAAAGGAGAAGAGAGAAUAGCACAAAUUAAAAUGGACGAUUCAACUACCUUCAGAGAUAGUCCAACACUUUCUCUUGGUGACAGACAUAAGAAUGAGCGGAGCAAUCAGGGAAAACACAAGGGCAGGGUUAACACUCAGUCAUCUGUUCUGAGUUUUGAUGAACAAACAAUGCGGAAAGCCAGGAGACGUCAGUGGGGCCAUAACAGACGCUGUUCCAGGAGGAACCUAAGAGUGGAUUUUGCUGAUAUUGGCUGGAAUGAAUGGGUUAUAGCCCCCGAGUCAUUUGAUGCCUAUUACUGUGCUGGUGCAUGUGGUUUUCCAAUGCCUCAGGCUGCCAGGCCAUCCAACCACGCCACCAUCCAGAGCAUAGUCCGAGCUGUUGGGAUCAUCCCUGGGAUUCCUGAACCCUGCUGUGUCCCAGAAAGCAUGAGUCCCCUGGCUGUGCUCUUCCAGGAAGAAUCCAGAAACCUGGUACUCAAGGUUUACCCCAAUAUGUCCGUCCAAUCCUGCUCCUGCCGAUAGAACAGUGGUGAGGGGAGAACGCAAAAAAGGGAGAAACAACAGGUGUAAAGGUGGCAGAACUGUGCAUCAGAUAACAGGUUUCCUGAUGCUGGAAAAAAAUGACACCCUAUAUUUCUUCAGGAAUAAGGGAGCUAUAAAGGAAUCACUUCCAUUGAAUUUGACUGACCUCUGCACUGACAGGAGAAGCACAGACAGUGUUUUGUAUCUCCAAGAAGACCCAUAGGUUGCUGAAUGCAUUCUGUUGAGAAGAGCAUUUAAGAGAUGUUUUCCUUUUUAAUAGCAGAAUGUUUUUAAACACAGCUCAUGUUGAGUUUGUGGUUUUGUUUUACAAUGCACUGCAAAAGUAUUCAUACCUGUUGAACCUUUUAAAAUUUGUUCCCAAUACAACCACAGGCUUCAAAAUGUUUCCCUGGGAUUUUAUGUGACAGAACAAUACAAAACUCUCAUUUGUGAAGUGGAAAUACAAGGACAGGUGCUAUUUAUUUUCUCCUUUUCAAAUAAAAUUAUGUAAAGUGUGGUGUUCAUUUGUAUUCAGAACCCCCAAGUCAGAGUCAGAUAACCACUUUUAGGUUUCUUCCAACUUCUAGAAACCUAGAUCUGUGUUUGCAUAAUAAUCCAUCAAACACAGCAGACUGGAAGGAUGGCAUCUUUGAAAAGCAAUUUCAAAUUUAACAUUUAUCCCUGGGCUUUGACUAAGUCACUCUAAUACAUUUAUAUUCUUUCAUCUAAACCAUCCAAUUUUGGUUCUGGUUGAAUGUCUAACAUUGGUGUCCUGGAAGGUGAUUCCUCAGCCCUUAUCACAAGUUUGUUGCAGUCUCUCAGGGUUUUCUUACAGAACUCCCUCAUCUUUAGAUGCAAUCAUCUUCCCAUCAACUCUUGGCAAGUUCCCUCUUUCUGCUGAAUAAAACCAUUCCCAUAGGGUGAUGUUUCACCAUUUUAAACAUGUUCCAUCAUUUCCACAUACAUGCUCACACAUUUUGUUCUACUUUAUGUUGGUCUAUCACUUAAAAUCUUAUCCAAAUACAUCCAAGUUUGUGUAUCUAAUAUGAUGAGAUGUAAAAAGGAGUAAGAAUACUGUUGAAGGUGAAAUCUUUGACUGCAAAAUGACAUUAUUUUUUGGCAGCUCAUUCAGAAAACAAGAUUACAAAAUAUUUCCAAUUUUGUGCAUACUUUAUACCCUCAUAUGUGUACUUUUGUUUGCAGAAAAUAUGUUGUUUAUGUUGUAUAAAGAAACAAAUUGUAGAGAGCACUUCACACCCAGCAACUCCCCUCUAACACUUCAAGAAUGUUAGAAUAAAAACAUGUGUUUUGUAA